AUGGAGAAUACUGCUACGGAGGACAAGGCCGCCGACCGGUUCAAUGGCAUCUUCAAGCCGACCGAGUCUCCUCUAUGGAACAAGUCGUACAACGUUCUUCCUCUGCUCAUCAAGGACGGCUUCAACCUCACUACCCUCUUCACUAUUGGCGCCUUGAUGCAGUCCAUCCUCUUCCUCAUCCUGCCCGCCAAGUACGCUCUCAUCCCAGCUUCGGCCCUGGGCCUCAGCUCCAUCGUCUCGACCAUCAUGGAGACCCGCUCUGAGAAGUCCAACCCCUACAUGAAGGGCGUCGUCCGGGGUCGCACCAGCGCCCAGUUCCCCAACCCAGCCACCGGCGCCAUCCCAGCUGUCGCCGCCUCCCAGUCCCUCGUCGUCUUUCACCUUGGCGUCCGCUUCAACCACCCCAUGGGCCUUCUCUGCCCCGGCGGCCGCGAGAUCGGCGACUUCUUCCAAGAGAUGAACAAGGACCUCGCCCAGCGCGCUUCCGAGUACGGCCUCUACCACGUCUCCAACUGGCUGGGCACCGACGGCCCGCGCAACAACUCCCUGCUCAACAUCUACUACUUCCGCGACGUCGAGGGCCUCAACAAAUUCGCCCACGACCCCAUUCACCGCAAGGGCUGGGACUGGUACAACAGCUUCAAGCAGCAGCACAGCCACAUUGGCAUCUACCACGAGAACUUUGUCACCAACGCGGGACAGUACGAGACCAUCUACGGCAACAUGAAGCCUCUGCUCCUUGGUGCCGCCAGCGUUGAGUGUCAGAACGAGGAGUCAGGGGCUAAGGUCUGGGUCAACACGCUCGUCGACGCCAACGUUGGCCCCCUUCGCGGUAUGAUGCGCCGCAUGGGCAAGAAAGAAACCCCUCUCGCACACUAUGCGUAG